CAAGGAAUUUCAUUUUCAGGCCGGGUAGGUUGCCCACCAACAACAUAAGUGAACGGGAAAAUAGAAUAAGAAUAGGCAGCACAAUCGCCAGCCAUCCUUUGAAGCAACGUAAUCUUUCGGAAAUAAAUCGUCAUUAUUGAUCACAAUAAAUAAUAACAAGUAAAAUCGUAAAAGAAGGCACAGCAAGAGGCGCAUAGAAACAUUUCCAUACUCGAUGACAUUACAUCGCAAUGUCCGAUCGUUUGGGGCAAAUAACCAAGUCCAAGGAUGGGAAAAGCAAGUAUUCCUCACUCAGCCUAUUUGAUAAGUACAAGGGAAAGUCUAUAGAAACUCAUAAAACCGCAGCAGUUCCGCGACAUGGCUUACAGAGUCUUGGCAAAGUGGCCGCAGCCCGGCGCAUGCCCCCACCCGCUCACCUGCCGAGCCUGAAGUCCGAGAACAAAGGAAACGACCCCAACGUGAUUAUCGUGCCCAAAGACGGAACAGGAUGGGCAAACAAGCAGGAACAACCCGAUCAAAAGAGUUCCAUUGCAUCAACACAACAGCUGCUGGAGUUGCAGCCACAGCUGGCUUUACAGAAAUCUGUCUCCAAUCUCCAGAAGACCACACCGGUAGCCAGUCAGGAGAGCACAAACACAAGUGGACCAAAGCAAUGGGCCCAUCUAAAUGGAAAGGCCGUAGAACUAGAUGGUUUAAGGGCCUCAAACCGACUGCAGCCCUUCUCUCACGAGGAAUUUCCAACGCUGAAGGCUGCUGGGGAACAGGACAAGGCUGGCAAGGAAAGAAGCACCUUCGAUCCGUCGUAUGGGCCCGGACCAAGCCUCCGCCCCCAGAAUGUGACAAGUUGGAGGGAGGGUGGUGGGAGGAACCUUGUGCCCUCAUCCCUGCCGGCCGGCCUGCCUUCAGAGACCGAGGGCAAGGCCAGCGGCGUGGCUGAGACUGGGAGCUCCCCCCCUCCUCUUCCCCCCUCUGCCUCCUCUAUUCUCUCUGCCCCCAUGGUUAGUCCCACCACUGCCACCAUUGUCAGCACCCCUCCAGCCCCGGAGCCCAAGGAGAUCUCUCUGCGCCCCGCCCAGCCACUCCGCAGGCCCGCCCCCCCUGCCAUGAGCCAUCACCACCCUACCACCACCUACCACGACAUGCUGCCUGCCUUUAUGUGCCCCAAAGAGACUUGUGAUGCUCCCGGCACUGCUGAACACACUGGCCCUGUCACUGUGGUCGCCCCAGUCCGCUUUGACAACAGGCCCACCUUCAGGCAGCCCUACCCCAAUAACAACCAAGAGCCUGUCAAUUGCGAGGUGGGGAGAGGAGAAAACCGCUUCAUCCGCGGGCCCCUGCGCAACCCUUCCUCCCGACCCAUCCGUCGACCUGGCGACAGACCCCCUCGUCCGGCAAUCAUCAACGCAGAUGACCUGAAGGAUCUGGAUGAGCUAGACAACGACUGUGAAGACGGUUGGGCAGGUAUCCAUGAAGAAGUCGAUUACGGCGAGAAACUCAAGUUCAGUGAUGAUGAGGAGGAGCAUGCCGCUGGUGAAAAGAACAAGCUGUGGGCUGAAUGGGAGAACCAACGUCGUGAGCGCCAAUUGUCCCUGAGCUCAGGAGAGGGGCCAUACCCCCAGGAGGGCCCUGAGGAGGAGGCUUACCUUGCCUACCAGGAGCAGAUGGCCCACAGGAACACCAAUGGCAGGUUCCCUUCUGGAGAAGCACAGGCACAGCAGAAGAGCUCUGGGCUGGGCAUGGCCCACCAGGGUGAACCCCUGGAAGACCAGGAGGAGCGCCAGGUCCCAGCCCGGGCCAAGUUUGUUUCCCCUGAGCUCUCAGAGGCUGUGGAGAGAGCUCGCCGACGCAGGGAGGAGGAGGAGAGACGUGCCCGCGAGGAAAGACUGGCCGCAUGCGCCGAGAAGCUCAAGAGGCUAGAUGAGAAGUUUGGGAAGAUGGAGAGGCAGUUGUCGAGGUCUGAGGAGGAAGCAAAGGAUGGGGAGAGCAAGGAGGCAGCACUGUCCCCUGGAAAAGAGAGCAAAAACCACCCAGAGAGCUGUCAGUACGGCACGAAAGACGCUGAGUGUCUCUUGGAGCACUCCCCCAGACAGCAGGACUACAGGGACAAGGCCACCUCGGGCUUCGCCUCCUACCGCAGCGAGGACGAUGCCGGGGCCGAAUCCAACUCUCCCCUCCCGCCCCGCUUCCAAAAGCAGCAGCAGCAGUCUCAGGAGCAAGUGUAUAAGUUGCAGCACUGGCAGCAGCAGUCUGGCCACCCCGCCCCCUCCGGCUCCAGCCAUCCCCAGAGGGGCUACUACCCCCCACACGUGCUGGGCUUUGACCCCCGCUGGAUGAUGAUGCCCCCCUUCAUGGACCCCCGCAUGGCCCAGGGCCGCCCCCCUGUGGACUACUACCCUACCGCUGUCCACUCUUCAGGAAUGAUGAAACCGCUGAUGCAGCCAGACCACCUGAACAGCCCAGGGUCCACCUCUGACGAGGGCUGCAACCCCAGCAUGCAUCACGAGAGGAGGGCCCCCUCCACCGAGCCCUACCCCGUUUGGAACCAAGAUGGCUACCCCCCUCGCAGUUUCACCCCACCCUACCAGAGACAGCACGAGAGCUCAGACAGGAGCCAGCCAGACGACCGGAUUGACAGGACCUGCUCCCAGCAGGACUUGUAUGAAGAGAGGGGAAACGAGUGCCUAGACAACCCCUCUCACGACCUCUUGCAUCCGGCCUACCACCAGAGCAGAGGCCCCGACAGGGACCACCACUCGCACAACCAAGGCCUGCUCUCCACAGCCCUGAGCCGGCCCCAGCAGCAGAACGCAGACGGCGGCUACCCCAAACAGGAGCCCAAAGACGGGCACCUGAAGGACAGCACUGACCACCGCGACGAUGUCUUCGACACAGCCAAGGAAAAGGGCUUUGACUCAGACUUCUGGAGGCGAGAUGGAGGCCAGAAGAAGGAAGGUGGUGUUGGUGUUCAGAACCAGUGGUUUAAUCCUGGCACCACUACCUCCGCCAGCAGUGUAAGCCAGCCAUCUGAGACCAGCGGUAGGACCCUGACCCGCAGGACCGGCCCCAUUAAGAAGCCUGUGCUCAAGGCCCUCAAAGUGGAAGACAAGGAGAACGAGAAGCCCAAAGUGGAGCCCGGGGAGAAGGUAGUCCCUUACCGUCUGGAGAAAGAAGUGCUCACCAAUGUAUAUGACCUGAAGAAAGACAACCAGCCCCUAGUAAGUAACAGACGCUCCGCCUCACCUGCUAUCGAGAAGCAGCCAGAAGAGAAGCAACACCAACCACCAGCCCCUGCUAAAGUAGAGCAGCCAUCCAGUCCCCACAGUGAGGAUUUGCCCAAGGAGAGCAGCUGGGACAGCGGGAAGAGCCAGUCCUCUAGAGACGACCAGGAGAGCAGGGAGCCUGCCGCACCACGACGCAACAACUGGAUCUUCGUCGAUGAGGAGCAGGCCUUUGCCGGAGCCAGGGGAACGGGUAGAGGUCGAAGCCGUGGCGGCUUCAGGGAGUUCGGCUCCAGAGGAGACCGAGGUGGCCGGGGAGGCCGAGGCGGAGAGAACCCCAGAGGAAGCUACAACAAUAACAGCAGGGACGCCAUUGGAGCCCAGAGACCAGGCAGAGGCAGAGGACUGCCCAGGGACUUUGUCAAGUUGGAAGACCUGCAGAGGGGGAAGCCGAGGAGGCGCAACGUCAGUGAGACUCUGAGCGAGACCUCUGAGUACGAGGAGCUGCCCAAGCGGCGGCGCCAGAAGGGCUCUGAAAACGGAGAGGGUGUCUGCUACCCAGAGCAGGGAGAGACCAGGAAGGCUGACCGAGACUCGUGGAGGUCGAACAAGGUGUACACUGAAGACCAGGCGGCUAGCGACGCCCGAGACGACAAAGCCAAGGCCAGCAGCAGGGGCUUCGGAGGCCGCUCUCUGCCUCCCAGACUCGACACUGGCAGGGGCUACAACACCGGCCGGGGGUUCAACAACGGCUCCAGAGACACCUCCACCUGGAGGGGCCGGGGGACACAGUUUGGCAGCAGCGGUGGGCCCAUGCAGGAGAACGGCUAUGGUCCGGGCACCGAAACCUUCCCCAGAAGACCACCACCUGCAGAGCGCGAGCUCCUCAAAUACACCCCCAAGUUUACCGGCUCUACCGGUUCCUUCAUGGAGAAUGGCACAGAGGACCGUGGCUUGGAGGGAGAGUACUACAUAGACAAUGACAACCCUGGACAACAGCAGUUGAGAAGACGGCGGCCGCCGCGCCAGGACAAGCCCCCGCGCUUCCGCCGACUACGCCAAGAGCGGGAGCCCGGCAGCGGCCAGUGGACCAGUGACGAGUAUAUCAACGGAUCGGACGGAUUCGCCAACCCCUGGCCGGGCCGCUCCAAGGAGGGAGGUAGAGAAGACGGCUGGCCCAGUGGCCACUACUCCGGAGGGGGAGGGAGGUCCGGUGGUCAGCAUGGCCAGGCUGAGGACUGGGAGACUGGCUCGGAGAACAGCGACUUCAACGACUGGAGGGAGAAGCGAGGUGGAGGACAGCAGCAGCAGCAAGCCCACGGUGGAGAUGUGCACUCAGACUCUGGCCACGGGGAGCUUGGCUCUGUGGAGAAGAGGGAGCUGGCCAAAAGAAGCUUCUCCAGCCAGCGCCCCCUGGUGGACCGGCAGAACAGGAAGGGAGAGCCGGCCCUACUGGAAGGGAACAAGAUGACACGUUCCUCAGAGAACCCCAGCGCACUGCCCUCUUGCAACAGGAAUGACGGCUGGCAGAACGGAGGGGCCUCCAACCAUAGGAGGAACAAAGAGGAUUCAGGCCUAGUCUACUGUGUCGAGCAGUCUGAGGAGGGCCACAAGCCCAACGAACCCUCAGGGAAGAAGCUGGACAAGGAGCUGAGGACUCGGUCUGUGAAGGGAGACCUGGCUGAACCAUUGUCUCAGUACGACCUCAACAGCUACCACUUUGAGGGGGAUGCUGGGUGUUCCAGUCCAGAUGGGUUCCAGGACCUGUCCAAGAAACAGCAGCGUCGUCUUCCACAGGAAGACGACAGGAGGAGGAAGGAACAUGGAGCUCCGGUGUCGGUGAAGAACAGACCGAUCACCUCCAAGAUGCCCCCGCGGUUUGCCAAGAAGCAGGGUGGCAUGACCAUGGAUCCGCCAGAGGAGGGCCUCUCUGCCAACAACCUGGGCACUGAGAUCUGGGAGACCAACAGCUCCGCUUUGUCAGUCCAGUCAUCUGGAGGAGACUCGUGGACCAAGCAGGUGUCUUAUACGGGCAGUGAGCCCAACUCUGAGGACUCUGACGCGGGGCCUGAGCAGAGCAAGGAGCAGCACAAGCCCGGCCCCAUCGGCAACGAGCGCUCGCUCAAGCACCGCAAGGGCUCGGAGGGUCUGGAGGGCGGGUCCAUUACACCUGUCAAUGGCGUGAACCUCCACGCGGACACGGUGCUGCCCGUGCCGCCCAUAGAGUUUGGCGUUAGCGCCAAGGACUCGGACUUCAGCCUACCGCCCAGGUCCACCCCAGUGCCUGUGUCCAACCCCGUCACCAAGCUACAGGUCACCCUUGCCAGCAACCCUGCCCUGACCCAGGCCAUCCCCAUGCUGUGUAGAGACCACCUGCAGCCUGGCAUCAACCUCAACCCCAUCUCUUUCCCCAGCGCUGACCUCACACUCAAGAUGGAGUCAGCCCGUAAGGCGUGGGAGAACUCCCAGUCUCUCCCUGAGCAGGGCUCUCCUGGUGGGGUUGCCGCUGGUGCCCAGCCCCCCUGCACCGUAGGCUCCUCCAGUGGGGUCAGCUACAGCUCCUUUGGAGGGGUGCCCAUGCCCGUGGCCUCUGUGGCGCCUUCCAUGUCCAUGCAGGGUAACCAUAUCCCCCCGCUGUAUCUGGACGGCCAUGUUUUUCCCAGCCAGCCUCGUCUGGUGCCCCCAACCAUGACCCAGCAGCAGAGCUACCAACAGGCAGCUGCCCAGCAGAUCCCCAUCUCCCUGCACACCUCUCUGCAGGCCCAGGCCCAGCUUGGUCUCCGGGGGGGCCUGCCCGUCUCACAGUCCCAGGAGAUGUUCAACUCCAUUCCCUCCUUCAGGUCCCAGGUAUACAUGCACCCCAAUCUGUCCCAGCCCAGCCCCAUGGUGCUGUCAGGUGGUGGCCCCCUCAAGGGGCCCUACUCGGCAUUCCCGGGCAUGCAGCCGUCAGAUAUGGUCAAGCCCCAGUCUGGCUCCCACUACCAGCCAAUGAAUGGCAGCCAGGCCAUGGUCUAUGACGGCCAGAUGAACCAGGGCCCUGGCAUGGGCUCCUCCCAGCUCAUGGACUCCCAGCUCAUCCAGGUGACCAUGCCCUUGCCGGGUUCUCAGCUGCGUUAUGGCUCUGCCCAGCAGCACCUCAUCCUGCCCCAGUCCAUCCAGCUCCAGCAGGGCCAGAACCUUUCUGUGGGAGCUGCCCGCAGAAUGCUCCCCCCUGGCUCCCAGCCCCCAGUCAUGACUGGCAGCAGAGAGAAUUUCCCAAUCUCUACUGGUCCAUAUACUACUUACAAGACCUCCCAGAUGGAAAUGAAAGGUUUCCAGUUCUCUGACAAGCCCAAUCACUCCCAGGGCAUGCCCGGAGGAUACAACAGACCAGGGUCUGCCAGCCCCAGUGGGAAGCCGUCUGGCCCCGUGCCUGGACAUUACACCCAGCAGAAGACGACCUCCAUGCAGGCUGUUCAGCAACGAGGCUGGGCCUGCAGUGGCCCUGGCCUGACCUGUAGUUGCUGCUACAGAGACCCGGCCACCGGCUGGUUUGAGGCCCCGCUGUGCCCCCUCCACGGCAAGGUCCCUCCUCCUCAGGGCAGCAUGGUUAUGCACAUGCGUCCCCCCACCACCGGCCCCUUCCCCACCCCCAUCCAGAGACCUGUCAUGCAGGUCAACAAGACCGUCAUCAUCCGCUCCCCCCCUUAUCCCAACCCUGGGCGCGAACCCCCCCACUCCACCCCCCCCUUGGCCCCCGAGCCCUCCGUCAAGGGGCCGGAGGAUGGCAUGAAGCCCUGUGGGAUAGGCGCCAGCUGGUGGGUGAGGGGAAGGCACUGCCGGGGGGCCUGAUGACCAGCAACCUCCAGGAGCCCCUUCCCGGCUGGCAGGGCAAACCAGCACCAUGCACCAGAGUCAUCAAAGUGGAAGAGGGCAAGGC